AAAUGUAACAGUAAGUAACUUUAUAAUCUUCUUUGGCUGGAGUUUCUUUCUAAUCAGUAAAUUAAUUAUCAACCAACCAACACAGAAGAAAAACUAAUACGAAUUUCUUAUACUUUUAAAUAAAAUAAAUUUCCAAUUAAAUUAUGUCAAGUGUCUCCACGACCGUCGGGAAUAUACAAGCUCCGGACCAUCCCCACUUCAUUCUAAUCGACACAGAUGCCGGAACGGACGAUGCAUUGGCUAUUUUCCUCAUGAUAAAAGCUCACCAAAAUUCAGAGCACCCAAUUCACAUCGUGGGGAUUACUACGGUUAAUGGAAAUACGAGUGUAAAUAAUGUGACGGAAAAUGUCGCCAUGAUUUUAAAGGGGUGUGGCGCUGAGGAGUUGUGUACUCGACUCUACAAAGGAUCUUCUGCGCCUAUCGUGCACCCAUUUCGACACAAAGUUGAACCUUAUCACGGAGAAGAUGGAUUUGGGGACGUUGAGGACAGGGAGCAACUUUUAGAGGAUUAUGGUGGAAAUAUAAAAAUAUCGGCCGAACACGGCGUGGCUGCUAUUGUUCGAUUGGCGAAAGAGUAUUACGGUCAACUCACUAUCCUUGCUCUCGGACCCCUCACCAACCUCGCUAUGGCCGUUCGCAUUGACCCCACAAUUAGGUCGAGUUUAAAAAGUAUUUAUUGUAUGGGAGGCAAUAUUGAAGGGGAAGGAAAUGCCACAAUCAGCGCAGAGUUUAACUUCGCCAUUGAUCCGGAAGCUGCUUUUAUAACCUUGAGUGAAUUUCAAUGUGAAAUUACGGUGGUUCCUUGGGAAGUUUGCAAACGCCAGGCUAUUUCAAAGAGUUGGCGUACAUCAGUUCUGGGACAAAUGUUGACGCCACAAUCAAUUUUGUUGAACAAGAUCGAAAUGAGAAUUAUAGAAAAAAGUUUCGAUGUUUGGAUUCCUUGUGACCAACUUGCUGCUGCAGUUUUGGUGGAUUCCAAGGCAAUAAUUACAUCAAAGUCAAUCCAUUGUACGGUUGAGCUCCAGGGCCACCACACUCGAGGGUUGCUGAUCCUGGACCACAUGGGGAUUCGAAGAAAAGAGGACAACGUUAGAAUUGUGACGGAAUUAGACAAGGGUCUCGUAAUGGCGUUGAUGCUAUGGGCAGUGGGCGGAGAAAAGCCUUGAUUCAUUGACAUUAAAACAACAAGAUUUUUUACAAGCAAAUACACUUUCCAUCAUUCCAAGGGAUGGAAUUAACUUCAUCAUAGUAAAAACGUAUGCAUAUGCAUUUGCAAUAGUAGCUUAGUAGUAAGCAUUGUGUCCGAAAAACAAAAUAAAAUAUUAGUGAACUG